AAAUUGCAUACAUAUUUCUGCCCUCAAGCCCUCACUACACCCACCGUUGAAAGACAUACACCAACCAACAAUAUCACAGAACCCCCCAAAUGGUUCUAUCACAGAGAAACACUUGGAACCGGAAGAAAUCCGGCAAGUGUGAGAGAGGAAGAGUGAUGUAGCAGAGAUCCACAUGUGGAAACGACGGUGGUACCGUGGUUUCCGGUCACUGCAGCGGCGGUCAACAGUGGUGGUUAGGGUUUCGAUUGCGGUUUCAGGAGGGAUCAGCAGAACGCGACAAUGAUGAAGAUGGCCGGCGAAAUACCUAGGGUUUCGGCUAAGUUCCGGCAGAAGGAUUAAAGCUUGCAUGUUCCAUUUUCAAGUAGAUCGGUGACCGGAUUCGUCUGCAUGUGUGUUUUUCCGAUUAGUAAGGUAUAACCCAUCUACCUCACCCCAUCAAUCCAUCACAACAUCUCUGCCUCUGUCCCCGGUUACGUCUGGCGACCAAAGGUGAGGUUUAUUGUUGGGGUUUACAUCAUCCUAUAUGUUCGUCGUCUUCUCUUCGUUCUUUUGUUGUAGAUGACUGAGUUUAGAUGGCUUAGGACUGAACUGGAUAAAUAUAGAUAGGGUGGGUGGGUUUAAUUCUUUUCAGGCUGGUCAUGUAGUUGGAUCCCAGGUUUGGUUAGACUGAACCCAUUUUUUGUUGAGCCAAUAAUCUUUGCUUUUCAAUUGAUUUGUAGGAAAAAGGUUUAUUUCCAUUGUUCCUUGUCUUUCCCAUAAUAGUCAACUUGAUCAAUCUUUCAAGUGCACGCUACCAAACUCCACAUAUGAAGAAGUGACGAACUCUCAGACCAUUGAUCAUAUGGACAGAGACAACAAUUAGCCACUUAAUUUGUUUGUUUGUUCGUUCGAUUGAGUGGUUAAUUAGUGUAUAAAAAGAUGCUAGCCGAUAACGGAUUUGAUUUUUAUAGGCCCUGGCUGUUCAUUGGUUGUAGAAAGGGCGUUUAUGAAGCACCCUCCGCUUAAACCAAGUGGUAGGUUUUGGUGGAGAAUGAUUAUAGCUGGAAUAAGGCUAUGACAUUGACUUUUGGGACAUCAAAGAUUGGGGUUUAUGAAAACCGAUAUGCCACAGCAACUGGCAUAUCGAAUUGAGGCACAGGUUCUAUAAGUUUUUUGAGGUAGUUUGUUGAGGGUUUAUAUGAUUUAAUUGCUAAAUUUGGAUACUAUAUGGUCUACUGCUGCAGUUUUGUUAUCAUAUACUUUGAAGUUUUCACUUUUAGUCUUUUUUAGCUUUUGAUCUAACCAGAAAUAUAUAUUGUAAAGAUAAAAAAAGUCCAAUUUAUUGCUGCAGUUUUAUGGUAGGUAGAUAAGAAGAUUAAUAGGCAAAAUUGGGAUAAAAAAAAUAAAUUCAAAUAUAAACAUUGUUCAAAAGUUUGAAUUUUAUGCACAUAUGUUAACAGAGCCUGACAAAUAUAUACUCAAAAUGUGUAUUCAUGUGUUUUCCCUAGGAUUAUUAAGUUUGUUAUUAUUUGUAAAAAUUACGUGUUAAUUCGGAUUGAUAAACAGAGUAUUAGUGGGGAAAGGAAUGAUGGAAUCAAGAGAACUGGCGGAGAUUAAAAGCGAAGCGUAUGGGUGGUAGAGGAGGUUAAAGGCAAAGCGUACAGGUGCUGGAGGAGAUUAAAGGUGAAGCAUACAGGUGGGCGAAGAGUUGAAGUCAACUUUUGGGUCUGAAUCAUGAGAAUUGGGGCAAUUUCACAGGAGUGCGCUUUGGCUAAUACACAUGGGUUUCCUUUUUUCUUUUUUUCUUUUUUAUACUAUUUGGCUCUAUCUUUCGUUGUUUUGGUGUACUGCUAUACUUAGCAGCUUGCUAAAGCUGGGUUACUGUUUCCUGUGGUAAUAAAUUGGUUCUUUUGCCUAUCCAAAUAAAAAAAUGAAUAGGUAGGAAAGUACAUGAUGGGCGUCAUAGUGAAUAGGUAUGGAUAAUUUAAUUUAAAUUGAAUCGAAGGAAAAUGUGGGUUGGGAUCUGAGAUUGCAGCGCUUCAACGAAAACACAAAUGCCUUUCGCGCAUCGCGCGACAUCGAAAACACUACCAAUCAAGUUCUCGCGCAACGCGCGGAGGAAUUUUACUAGUUAUAUUAAAAGUCAUGAAAUCAAUUUAAAACAACAUUUUUUUUUGUCAAGAGUACGUUUGUCGUUUGUCAUCUAUCAUAAAUCAAUUUAAAAUUCCAUUGUGGUGGAAUAAAAGUCAAUAAGAAAAAUACUCAUUUACUUUGCUAAACAAAAAGGUAAAACAACAGUACACGUUUUGUUUUUUUUAAUUUUUUUAUUGAAUUCAUGUAUUUUUUUUUUUUUUUUUGGUUACAGUUGAAGGAUUCAACAUGGAUGAGGAUGAUAAUCUAGAUGCACCAAUAUGGGAGAAUAUGGCUCAAUCAUCAAUACUUGAGCCAAAUGUUUUUUAAAUAUAAGAUAAAAUUAAAAUAUGGAGGCUACUUUCGGUCGGCUAAAAAUUCAUCUAGGAAACGAUAUUGUUUUGGCUAUCAAAAAUGUGUAUACAUUGAUACAUACACAUACAACUUUGAUGAUUUGGUUGAAGAGGUUACAAAUCAUUAUCCAUCAAACAGGGAUUUCGUUUUCUCAGUUUGUUUCGUUGACAAGUAUGCCACAGAGCAAUCUUUUAUCAAGCUUGAUUCUCACGAGAACUUUCAGUUAAUGCUUAAAACGUAUGAAGUGGAAAAAGAACUGACCGUUUAUGUGACAACAAGUAGGAAUCUUGAGACAUCUUCAAUCAACCAAAGGUGUCAAGAUGAAGUCGGUGACGAACUAUACAGUGAUGAAGAAUCAGAGUAUUCAUUAAGCGAUGAAAGUUACCGUAGUUGUUAUAGUACUGAUAAUGAUGUUGAGCAACAUAACUCCAAAGAGGAAACUUAUACCAAGAAAAGUCCAACCAUCAGAUUGAACUCAAAGUUUGAAAAUAUUACCGUGUUUAGAAGAACAUUGAUCCAUUAUGCACUCAGAAUUGAAUUUGAAUACUUCAUUGAGAAAAGUGAACCGACAAGAGUCACAGCAAGAUGUGUAGACAUUGAAUAUAAAUGGAGAAUACAUGCCUCUGUUAAACAAGAUGGAAUUACAAUCGAGUAUCCCGAAGGUUAAGAAAUUCGUAGAAGCACAUUCUUGCACUCGAAGCAACAAGGGUGGCAACAAGGUUGCAAGUCAAGGAUGAAUUGCUAGUGUUAUUAAAGAUAAGCUAAAAUCUGAUGGGGAUGUAUCUGCUAUAGAACUAAAGAAGUGGGUUAUAAAGAUUUACAAUGUCGAUGUGUCAUACGAUAAAGUCUAUAGAGGGAAAGAACAUGCUUACAUUGAUAUGUAUGGCAAGUGGGAAGACUCGUUCAUGAUGAUGAAUGAUUUCAAAGGGGAACUACCAAGGCGAAACCUGAGAAGUAUUGUUGACAUCGAGAGGCGUUUAAUGCUUGGAUUGGUGAAUUGCGUUAUAAGCCGAUUCUUGACCUUUUAGAUUCGAUGAGGGAGAAGAUUACGGUACGAUUUGACCAAAAAACAAGCAUAUUCUAAAGAAAUGGAAGGGAACAUUAGUACCUAAAACUAAGAGUUAUCUUAACCGAAUCUCGAAGAGUCUGGGAGAGUACAAAGUUUGUAGAAGCAGUGAAAAUCAAGUUGAAGUGAAACGCGUCGAAAAGCGGUGUGUAACACCCCGUGUUUCGAAAGUCAAAGUCAAAGUCAAGAAUGAAUUCAAAGGAAGAAAAGAUUGCUAAUUGCGAUC